GAAGGCUAAUGGCUUAGCCUUCGUAUGGUGGCCAUAGUCUACUGGCCACUCUCCAUGGGAAGAAGAAGAAGCCUUGGCCAAUAUCCAGCAGCUGAGGUGGAAGAAGAAGGAGCUUGCAGGGCGAAACCAUAGCGAAACGGCGGUCUUGUAGGAACCCUAUUCAGAAGCCAGUGAAUAUGUUCCCUAUAGUACUUCUGUUCCUGAGGCUGGUGGUGGCAGAGGGUGGGAACACUACUACAACGGACGAAAAAGCAAUUCCUCUGCGAACAGCAGUGAAGCGGUCGGACUUCAACAAAAGCUUGACGGGAACGCCGAAUGUCCUUCGGGCGACACAGGUAGAUUCGUACACCACAUAUAUCGCCGGCGAAGACUUUGCGACGGUCCCGAAGUUUGCGAAGGUGAUGGCCGCCAUGGAGAAUGGCAGCAAAUGGAUGGAAGCGAACCUUAGCCGCAGUGUCGAGAAGACCACCGCUGUCGUGUCUUCUAACAUCCGGGAGGACGGCCUUUGGGGUCCUGAGAAGUACGAGAAUAAUCCCCAUGCCUUUUCAACGUUUGCGUACGUUCUAUUGGGUAUGAUUGGCUGCAUGAUCGCGACGGUGUUCAUUUGCAUGGCGGCAACCUCGUGCAAAGAGAUCUUCACCAAUGAGUUCAAUGGCACCGGAAGUCGAGUCUUGGAUCGGAUGACUAAAGCCCUGUCGAGGACUGGUGACGACACAACUAACCUCCUGCAAGAGAGUAUGACUACCUCAACUUCUGGUGCUCGGAGUCUCGGCUACACCGAAGGCAGAGGCGCGCUCAUGUUGCCGAGUUCACGGAAAUCUUGCAUGACUACAAGAAGCAUUGAUAUGCAAACCAGAAUAGUGUAACGGUGUCGUAUUCUAGACGAUUACAGUGACGAUAUCGAAAGCUGCGACAAUAAAUUGGUAAAUACAUC